AUGACCGCGCACUUCCUUCUCCUCUCUUUCUCUAUAGCCUCAGUGCAGCAGCGUCCACACUUCAUGGGUUGUGUCUCUACAAACAUGGAGACUUUCCACUGCAGAUGGAAUGUGGGCACGUUUCAGAACCUCUCAGGGCCGGGAGAUCUGCGCCUGUUCUACGUCAACACAAUACCCCUGAAUGUACCCCCAAAAGACUGGAAUGAAUGUCCUCAUUACAGCAUAGAAAAGCCAAAUGAGUGUUUUUUCAACGAGAACCACACAUCCAUUUGGACAAAUUACAGAAUCCAGCUCUGCUCCAGAGACAAAGCUGACUGCUAUGACGAGGUCAGCUUUGAAGUUCAAGACAUUGUUAAGCCUGACCCUCCUGUCAGCCUAAACUGGACAUUGCUAAAUGUGAGCUUGACCGGCACAUUCUAUGAUAUUAUGUUGAGCUGGAAGCCUCCGCAGUCUGCAGACGUUGAAAUGGGAUGGAUGACGCUUCAGUACGAGGUCCAGUACCGCUGUGUCAGUUCAGACAAGUGGGAAGUGAGUGACCUUGUGAAAAGCACACAUCGCUCUCUUUACGGACUUCAAACCAACGUCAAUCAUGAGGUGCGGGUUCGAUGUAAAAUGCUUGCUGGGAAAGAGUUUGGAAAAUUCAGUGAUUCUAUAUUCAUCCACAUCCCAUCUAAAGUUUCAGAAUUCCCAGUGAUUGCUUUCCUUAUCUUUGGAGUCCUCUGUUUCGUGGCCAUUCUGAUGUUUGUUAUCGUUUCACGGCAACAAAAGUUGAUGGUUAUUCUUUUGCCUCCUGUCCCUGGACCUAAAAUAAGAGGAAUUGACCCAGAAUUACUCAAGAAAGGCAAGCUUCGAGAGCUGGCAUCAAUCCUCAGUGGUCCUCUUGAUUUAAGGCCGGAGCUUUACAACAAAGAUUCCUGGGUGGAAUUUAUCGAUUUAGACAUUGAGGAGCACAAAGACAAACCGACAGACCAAGACACAGACUGUCCCAUGAAUAGAUCUCUGCACUCUAAUUGCUCUCAAUUCUCUCUUAGCCUUAGAGAUGAUGAUUCGGGCCGUUCCAGCUGUGAACCCGAUCUCUUUAGUGACUUGAACGCAUCACCCCUCCAUUCUGCCAUACCUAAUCAGACCCUCGGUAAUGAACCAUCAUCACAAGCAGGCUCCAAAUCAAUUACGGGUGACCGAAACACCACCACUGGGGAGCCUUCUCUUACAUCACCACUGAGUGAGGUGAUGUACACCCAGGUUAGUGAAGUGAGAUCAUCAGGUAAGGUGUUACUGUCACCCGAGGAACAAACUUACAUGGAGGAAAACAGUACAGAAAAAGCUGUCAUGAUGGUCAAAGGUAAAGAAAAGGAAGAAACUCAGCUUCUUGUGGUGAAGGCAGAUUGCAAAGACUCUACCUCAGAGCUCAACACAUCAAGUAUGAACCCAGAACCAUCCACAGGGGACCUAUGUAAACUGUGCCCAACAGGAGUAGAGCAUAGUGCUGCGCUGUCUCCAUCAUUUCAGCUCGAAACCACUCCUGUCUACACAGUGGUGGAGGGCGUUGGCAGGAAGAACAGCCUCCUACUGACGCAAAACUCAACACCCAGUCCCCAUUUGACAACACCAAAAACCAUGCCCACACCGGACGGUUACUUAACUCCUGAGCUUUUGGGAAGCCUUGUGCCCUAAUCCGAGAUAAAAUAACUAUUUUAGUUUAAAGGCAGUACCUUGAGAUUGAUGCUAGAAGACGGAAAAUCAGCCUGUCCAAAAUAGUUUCAGGGGGUUAUACCACCAUCUCCUAAGACUUAAUCUGUAUAAUCUGACAGAGCUGUGACAUGUAGUACUGUAUAUGUACUGGUAUUUAUUUUUAUUUGUCAUACAAACAUUUAUCAAUAAAAACCUUCCUCGACAUUUCAGUACUCCUUAAACAUCAAAACCAGAUCUUUAGCAUGAGCUAUUAAAUGUCUCUUACAGGAGCCUUGUGUCACACAGACCUCGGACAGGGGUCUGAAAAGGGAGUCUAUAAAAUUUUAGUUAGUAAAUUAUUUAUAAUUGACCUGUUUUUGCAUCUGUUCGUCUGGAUUAACAGUGCUCAAUAUAGGAAAAUGAUUAAUCCUUCUCUUGUUUUGGCUUCUAUUAACUCAUUAAAUAAUAUUUGCUUUGGCUGCUGCAUAUUUUUAUUUCUUGGUUAGCUUGUUGAUAAUUUUGACCAUUUCUCAUUAUUGACCUUUAAGCUAAAAUUAGGACAAAUAUGACAGCUAAAUCUAUGGGUUACAAUAAAAUGUCACAGUUUAACCAGUAUUAAUACAUUGAUUCGUACACCGAGGAUAUGUACAGCAAACAGUUGGUUGGUUGUUGUUUUUUAUUCAUUUCUUUUCAAUUUAAUUUCUUCUGUUCAGAUCUAAAACUGGGAAAUAUUUUUCAGAGCUAUUAGCAAAUGGAUUUUAUUUUGCUUGGUAGACACUUUCCUUUUUUUUUUUUUUUUUUUGCUCAGAUAAUCUUUUUAUUGUUUAUAUAAUGUUGGUGCUUGUAAUAUUGUCAAAAACUUGAGAUUUUCACUUCCUGAAGCCUAACAUCAACCAUGGAUCAUCCCUGUCCUUGGUGUUGUGAUUUGACUGUAUCUGUGCUUAAGUGUACUGAGGUGUUUUUUUAAAUCACUGUUACGUCCCCUGUAUGGGGCUUGGCAAUGGGCCUUUUUUUCCCCUUUUCCCACAACCACUUUUCUGAUGUAUCUUUGUUCUGAAGAAAAACGGUGCGCCCUUCAGUGGUUGCCCAC